AUGUCGAGACGGUUCGCCACGCUCGCGGACCUGAUGACCGGCCGCGGGGGCGUGCACGAGGUGUCGGCGCGACGCCUCGUCCCCGUGGCGGUGGCGGAUCUGGAGGGAGUCGACAGGCUGUCAUCGGAGGCUGUCCUCGAGGCGGGACCUUCGGGCGCCGGGGGCGACGCGCGGGACGCCGCCGCGUCGCCCUCGCGAUACUUCGAAUCCCACGUCGAGUACGUCCUCCCCGUCGCGUCCGCCGGCGCCCCGCCGCGCUCGCUGCACGUCCUAAGGCUCCUCCCCGCGAUCGAGGCUAAUCUUCGCGCGGAGCUCCUGCCCAGGGCGCACGCAAACGCAAGGCGCGGCUUCGACGCGAUGGAGCGGCUCGUGUUGGGACCCGACGCGGGCGUCACGGUGAGCAACGUGGGCGGGUACCAGAGCGCGCACGACGUGCUCGAGCCGGACACUUGGUCCGACAGCGACGAGGAAGACGGCGAAGAGCAAGAUGGCGAAGAGCAAGAUGGCGAAGAGCAAGAUGGCGAAGAACAAGAUGGCGAAGAACAAGAUGGCGAAGAACAAGAUGGCGACGAGAGGCUUCCCCGGGACGCCGCCGUCGACGACGUCGAGCCCGCGGCUUCGCGGGCGACCAUCAAGGGAUGGGGCAUGCUGAGCGAGGUGGCAUGCGCCGCGCACGACCGAGUUCGCGAUCGCGCGAUGGGCGAGCGCGCGGUGACGCGCGACGACCUGUACGGAUGGCUCAACUGCAACGCUCCGGGCGACUUCAACAAGCUCCACGACCACGGCGGCGCCGAGUCGUGGUCCGGGGUGUACUACCUCCAGUGCCCGGCGCCGGUGAGAGGUGUGGGCUCGGACUCGGACGGCGACUCGGAGUGGGACGAGGCGGAGGACGAGGGGGCGUACGGCGCCGGGGCGUUGGGGUUGCGAUGCCACGUGUCCCGCCACGUGUCCGAUAACGUGUCCGGCAGUGUGUCCGACGAUGAUGGUGGUGACACGUCGGACGCGUCCGUGCCGUACCUCCGUUUCCAGCCUCGCGUCGGGGACUUGAUCGUGUUCCGCGGCGACGUGUUGCACGCGGUGGAAUCCAACGGGUGCGCUCGGCGCGGGUUUUGGCGGGGCGACUUGUCGGACAAAGAUAUGGAGUCGAUGCGCAUGAGCGUGGCGUUCAACGAGGACAGCGCCGCGGCGGACAGGAAGGCGGCGCUCGCGCUCGCCGCUUGA